AUGGCACCAAGCCACCUCCUCCGGGCAACAAUGCCUCUCCGAGCCUCAAUCACCACACCUCUGUCCCUGACACGCCCCUCAAUCCUCCAAUCAACCACGUACCUCGCCACGCCCCUCCGCAAUGCCUCAACAACCACCCCAACCCCCACACAGCCCAAGACCACCGGCACAGAAACACAAGCGCCCUCCCGACUGCGCAACUACGCCUCUGCCCUGAAAACCGGCACCGUAGUCUCCGUCGGCCGCAUGGACCGCACAGUGCGCGUCUGCCACCGCCACACAUUCUGGGACCGACACAUCCGCAAGUUCUACCCACAGGAAACGCACUACCUAGUCUCCGACCCACGCAACUCCCUGCGCCAAGGCGACAUAAUCGAGUUCUCGUCCGGCGCGCCCAAGAGCCGAAACGUGCACCACGUUGUCGAGCGCAUCAUCACACCUUUUGGCCAGGCCAUUGCAGACCGUCCUGCUGUGUUGUCGAAGGAGGAACGUGAGGCUGAGCGUGAGAAGCGCUGGGCGGCCAAGUAUCUGCGUCGUGAAUCGAAACGACUUGGUCGCGAGGUGGAUCUUGUGCAGGAGGCGGCUAAGGCGGGUGUACCUGUUCCCAAGGGGGAGGUGCUCUCUACUGCGCAGUUGAUUCAUCGCAUUCAUGCGGAGAAUGAGCGGGUUGGGAAGGUUAAGAAGAUUGUGCAGGAAAGAGUCGCGGAGGGUGAGAGGAUUAUGCAGGAGAGAGUGAAAGAGGCUGAGCACUGA